UAGUGUUGAAGAAGAAGAGAGUCUGUUUUGGUCGCCCAAGUGUUCGCUUACAUUAGUUACAUUAGUUUAACCAAUUUAAAAAACAAACGAUGUCCAUUGAAAUCGAAUCAGCCGACGUUAUCCGCCUUAUACAACAAUAUUUAAAAGAAUCUAACCUGCUAAAGACGCUACAAACUUUGCAAGAGGAAACCGGCGUUUCACUCAACACUGUAGACAGUGUCGAUGGUUUUGUGCAGGACAUUUCUAAUGGUCACUGGGACACGGUGCUUAAGGUAACACAAUCCCUUAAGUUACCGGAUAAAAAGCUCUUAAAUCUUUAUGAGCAAAUUGUUCUGGAAUUAAUAGAGUUGCGGGAAUUGGGUGCUGCGCGAUCUUUGCUGCGACAAACGGACCCUAUGAGUAUGUUGAAACAGCACGAGCCGGAGCGCUACAUACAUCUGGAAAAUAUGUUGCAGCGUGCCUAUUUCGAUCCGCGUGAGGCCUACCCUGAGGGCAGCAGCAAAGAAAAGCGUCGUACGUUUAUUGCCCAGGAGUUAAGUGGUGAAGUGCAUGUGGUGCCCUCGUCUCGACUUCUUGCGUUGUUGGGGCAAGCGCUCAAAUGGCAACAGCAUCAGGGGUUGCUACCACCAGGUACAACCAUAGAUUUGUUCCGUGGCAAAGCAGCAAUGAGGGAUCAAGAGGAGGAAAUGUAUCCUACACAGCUUUUUCGUCAGAUUAAGUUCGGCCAAAAGUCACAUGUGGAGUGUGCGCAAUUCUCACCUGACGGACAAUAUCUCAUUACUGGAAGCGUGGAUGGAUUUUUGGAAGUUUGGAAUUUUACGACCGGCAAGGUGCGAAAGGAUUUAAAGUAUCAGGCACAGGACCAGUUUAUGAUGAUGGAACAGGCUGUGCUGGCUUUGAGUUUUUCGCGGGACUCCGAAAUGGUGGCUUCCGGUGCCCAGGAUGGGCAAAUAAAGGUUUGGCGCAUCAUCACUGGUCAGUGCUUACGCAAAUUUGAGAAGGCGCACACGAAGGGUAUAACCUGCCUUCAAUUCUCCCGUGACAACAGUCAAGUACUUAGCGCUUCCUUUGAUUAUACCGUGCGGUUGCAUGGUCUUAAAUCUGGCAAACUUCUUAAAGAGUUCAAAGGCCAUACCUCGUUUGUUAACGAAGCCACAUUCACGCCGGAUGGCCACAGCAUGCUCAGCGCCUCUUCUGACGGCACUGUAAAAGUUUGGUCCCUCAAAACUACGGAAUGUGUGGCUACAUAUAAAGCGUUGGGCAAUGAACUGGCUGUCAAUACUGUGCUGAUUUUGCCAAAGAAUCCAGAACAUUUUAUUGUCUGCAACAGAUCUAAUACGGUCGUCAUCAUGAACAUGCAGGGACAAAUUGUCCGUUCAUUCUCGUCGGGCAAGCGCGAAGGUGGUGCCUUUAUAUCGGCGACUCUCUCGCCUCGCGGUGAAUUCAUUUAUUGUGCUGGAGAAGAUCAGGUGCUCUAUUGCUUCUCUGUCUCCUCGGGCAAGCUGGAGCGUACAUUGAACGUGCAUGAAAAAGACGUUAUCGGUCUCACGCAUCAUCCACAUCAGAAUCUAUUAGCUAGCUACAGUGAAGACGGUUUGCUUAAACUAUGGAAGCCCUAAAUUUUAAAGUCGUUUGCCCUAAGUGUCUAUAUAACUUGCAUACUAAGUUUUAGUUAGUAGCGUUAGUUUUUAUCUACUAAAAUAAAUACGUAUGUUUUCUCAUACAAGUUGGGUAAAAAAGACCCAAAUCAA